AUGGAUGUUCCUGAGCCCGACCAGUCGCCAUUUAUGGCUGUUUCAGCGCACACUUCCAAGCUUGCCAGGCAAUACCAAUCCUAUCUCGAUGCCUGCACCCCAUUCACAGCCUAUCGCUGGACCAGCACAGUUGUGCUCCUCCUCGCCUUCUUUCUGAGAAUCGUCCUCGUUCAGGGAUGGUAUAUCGUCGCAUACACACUCGGCAUCUACCUCCUCAACCUCUUCCUACUCUUCCUGCAACCCAAGUUCGACCCCUCCCUCACCCAGGACGAAGGCCUUGAGGAUGGCGACGCCGCCGCCAGCCUCCCUACAAAGCAGGACGACGAAUUCCGUCCCUUCAUCCGCCGUCUUCCCGAGUUCAAAUUCUGGCACUCGGCAACUCGCGCUAUUGCCAUUGCUUUUAUCUGCUCUUGGUUCCCGGUCUUUGACAUUCCAGUCUUCUGGCCUGUUCUUGUAGUUUACUGGAUUAUGCUGUUUGUUCUGACGAUGCGACGACAGAUCCAACACAUGAUCAAGUAUCGCUACGUGCCCUUCUCCUUCGGAAAGACCAGAUACGGCCACUCAUAG